GCAAUCUUUUUAGUUUUCCCAUUAAUACAUUCCCAAAAAGCACUCCAAAACCCAUUUUGGUCACAGAAGAAAGAAAAAGAUUGAACCUUUCCUCUUCUUCUACCUUCUUCAUUCAAUUUUGGGGGAAAUCAGAAGAUGGGUCGUGGAAAAAUCGAGAUUAAGAGGAUCGAGAAUCCCAAUAGCAGACAAGUUACUUUCUCCAAGAGGCGUUCUGGGUUGCUUAAGAAAGCUCAUGAGCUCUCUGUUCUUUGUGAUGCUGAGGUUGCUGUCAUCGUCUUCUCUAAGUCUGGCAAGCUCUUCGAGUUCUCCAGUACUGGAAUGAAGAAAACACUUUCGAGAUACGGCAAUCACCAGAGUUCUUCAGCUUCUAAAGCAGAGAACCUCCAGGAGGAUUGUGCAGAGGUGGAUCUUUUAAAGGAUGAACUUUCAAAGCUUCAAGAGAAACAUUUACAACUGCAGGGUAAGGGCUUGAAUAUUCUGACCUUUAAAGAGCUGCAUAACCUUGAGCAGCAACUAUAUCAUGCCUUGAUUACUGUGAGAGAGCGGAAGGAACGAUUGCUGACUAACCAACUUGAAGAAUCACGCCUCAAGGAACAACGAGCAGAGUUGGAAAACGAGACCUUGCGUAGACAGGUUCAAGAGCUCAGAAGCUUUCUCCCAUCGUUCACCCACUAUGUUCCAUCCUACAUCAAAUGCUUCGCUAAAGAUCCCAAGAACGCUGUCAUAAACCAUGGUUGCUUGGACGACAGUGAGUGCAGCCUCCAGAAGACCAAUUCAGACACAACUUUGCAAUUAGGGUUGCCGGGAGAGGCACAUGAUAGAAGGAAGAAGGAAGGAGACAGAGAGAGCCCGUCAAGCGAUUCAGUGACAACAAACACGACCAGAGAAACUGCUCAAAGGAUCAGUCUAGUUUAGCAAAAUCUCCACCUGAAAACAAAAGCCAAAGGUUCUCUGUUUAGUCGUAGAGAAGUAUGAGAGUGAGGUACUAAUGUUUCCUCUUAAGCAAGUAUCCGAUUAUUUUAAAAGUA